CUUUGUCAAACAUUUGCUAUACGAGUUCCACGAGGUAGUAGUUGCAUUUUCUCAACAACAACAAAUAAAAUAAAGUUUCCAUCGAAUAACAUUUUGAAAAACAACAAAAUGUCGCUAUCCGGCUUAUUUCGAGACAGUCCGUUCAAUGUACAAAAUCAUUAUUUGAAAGCAGAAACGGCUGACGUGUUUUUCAUCUGUGGGAAGAAUGAGAUGAACGAACGUAUUCCAGCUCACAAAAUCCUUCUGGCCGGAUCUACCAAUGUGUUUGAGAAGAUGUUCUACGGUACGCUUUGUGAGGGUGACGAGGUUGUGAUAGCCGAUGCAACACCAAACGGUUUCCGACAAUUUCUUCACUAUUUUUAUGUCAAUGAUAUGCAGUUCAGUUUGGAAUUCAUCGAUGAACUGAUGUAUUUGGCCAAAAAAUAUCUCCUGGAUUCGUAUUUUGCUGAAUGCUGCGAAUUUCUGAUGCAACAAACUGAACCAAAAGGCAUACUCAUCGCAUAUGAACAAUCCAUUCGGUUCGAGUUGGCUGAAUUGAAGAAAAAAAUGGAAACUCUCAUCGCAGCCAAUGGGACAGUUCUUUGUUCGGAAUAUUUUACAGACAUCAAUCGCGAUUUUCUGAAACAAAUAAUUCAAAUACCAGUUGUACGCAUCGAACAAUCGAAAUCCGUUUUUGAUGGUUGCAUACAAUGGGCGCAAGCAAAUUGCAAACGGGCAAACAUCGAUGGAUCGGUUAUGCAAAAUGUUCGCGAUCAAUUGGGCGAUUGUUUUCAGCAAAUUGAGUUCAGUUCAAUGACAAGCUACCACCUUACAGAAUGUGUUGAAAAGUUCGGUGACUUAUUUACAGCACAAGAGCUGCAACGAGUUGUUUCCAUAAUUUCAGCAAGGUGUACAAUACCAAGUGUUGGUCGCAAGUCAGAAUACGAAAUUUCAAAACAAACGGAUAUCAGAGUCGAAGUGAAAGAAGGAUCGCAGACGGAGCUCCAAUUCAUUCCAAAGAAGCGAAUGCUGCUGAACGCUUUCACAAUGAGUCAAUGUUCGGGAUUUGGUUCCGAUGGUGGAGAAGAAGGAUAUUUUGUAAGCGUGGCCAAAAUUCUUACAGACGAUAACAAAAAACGUUUUCUUCACACUGAGUUCUUUCCAUUCGACCAUGGCUAUGCAUUGCGAGAAGAUAUUGUUUUGGAACCGAAUUCCACUUAUUCUAUCCACAUCCAGUUUUUGAGCAACGCAAGUUAUUUUGGGCGACAGAUAUCACAUUCAGCAGAUUGUCCGAUUGAAAUUUUGCCCGUGACGAACUCAAAUUUCAUUGCCUCAUUGAACCUGAAAUCGAUUGCAAUAAAUUGACAUUAAAAUCUCAAUCAAUCCAUGUUUCAUCUCUUGAAAAAGAAAACGGGAGUGUAUACGGGUGAUUCUUGUUGGAUACGUACACACACUUGGGGUAUCUCGUAUCAAAUGAAUUUAACAAUGCAUCGGCAUUGCAUCGUAUAUCAAAUAAAUUUAGUCAAAAAUUAUCUGACUGAACUUAUGUAAUCAAACA